AUGAGCGCCAAUCAGCCAACAGGACACACCCUCCAAUCAGCAGUCAAGGUCGUGUGGGUGGUGACCACAUCACUUGGAACGAGGCGCAGCACUGCCUUCGCGGCGUGGGCGACCAUGCAUGUUGCUAUUGUUACAGGCGCCAACAAGGGUAUUGGAAAUGGGAUUGUGCAGCUACUGGUUCAAGGUCUGAAGCCAGCUUCCGACUGGCACGUCUACUUGACUGCACGGAACGAGAAGCUUGGUAUGGAGGCCGUGAAGCGUACGGUGGAGAGGUCAGGCACUACCGCCGCGAGUAAUCACAGUACCUUUGUUACUUAUGGAAUCCAAGGUGUGGAGCGGCAGCUUAGUCUGGCUGGCAUAAACGCGUGA